AUGUCGCGCGCUGUCGCCCGUCACUCCAGGCUCCUCGCCAUUGCGCUCGCGCCAGCUGCGCGAGGUGGGGGCGCGGCGGCGCCAUCCAUCGCAGCGGUGGACGCCCCUCGUCCCAUCACCACCACUGCCACUGCGCCUGCCAGCGCCACCGCCCCCUCCGCCGCUGCGGCGGCGGCAGCGCCCGCGCUGGGAGGGGCGGCAGGGGCGUUCGUGGACGUUCCCACCACGCAGAUCCGGCGGAUCAUCGCACAGCGGCUGAUGGAGUCCAAGUGGGGGUCGCCACACUUGUACGCCGAGGCAGAGGCGGACAUCGACGCCACGCUGCAGCUGCGCAAGGAGCUCAAAGACAAGUGGGGAGUGGCGGUGUCGGUGAACGACUUUGUCAUCAAGGCCGUCGCCAUGGCUCUCGCCCACACACCUGACGCCAAUGUGCACUGGGACGGCAAGGCGGGGCGCGUGGUGAGCAACAGCAGUGUCGACAUCUCCAUCGCUGUCGCCACUGACAAGGGACUCAUCACGCCCAUAUUGAAAGACGCGGACAAGAAGUCGCUUGGAGCCAUCUCCAAGGAGGUGACCACCUCUGCCCUGCUCUUCCCACCCUGCCGCAAUCCUUUUCACCGCUGCCACUCUCUCCCUCUCGCACCCUCCCACCUCAUCGCUACCUCGCUGCUCCCUUAUAUUAUUGUCCCGUGCUCCAUCGCCCCAUGCCAUUCUCUCUACCCCCCCCCCUGCCUCAUGCUGCCUAUGCCAUGCACCACCCCUGUCUCACCUCAUCCCUGCGCCCUGUGUGUCAUGCGGCACAUGCCAUGCACCACCCCUCGUUCACCUGGGCAGGUGAAGCAGCUGGUGGAGAGGGCCAGGGCGGGCAAGCUGCAGCCGCAUGAAUUCCAGGGCGGCACCUUCAGCAUAUCGAAUCUGGGCAUGUACGCGGUGGACCGCUUCUCCGCCAUCCUCAACCCGCCCCAGUCGGGCAUUCUAGCGGUGGGCCGUUCCGACAAGCUUCUCCUCUUUGCCCCUUUCAACUGUGUCCUCCCUUCUUCUCCUUUCUGUGCCUCCCUAUCGCCUUCUCUACCUCCCUCGCCCUCUCGCCCCACAGCAGGCGCACAGCUGCAGGUGGCGAGCAAGAUGGAGGUCACACUCUCUGCAGACGCGCGCGCCCUCGAUGGCACCACAGCAGGCAAACUACUUUCUGCGAUUUCAGCAAACCUCUCAGACCCGCGUCGCCUUCUCAUUUAA